CAGGUGACUACAGGAGAAGGGUAGGACCUCAGCCAAGCCGGGCAAAGAUCAAUCUUUCAGCUGAUGUAAGAGAGGGACACAGUUCACACACACUCACACACACCAGUGAGACACUCAGCGACACUGCUUCUCCCCGAGGAUCACUCCCUGGAGCCCGUCUGUGUGAGGGGAGACCUGAGCCUGAGACUAGAACACUGUUCCUCCAGCAGGGCUAUACAUAUACAGAACCCAUCCCUGCGUCUUGACCCGGAGGUGCCAUGGCAGCAGACAGCAACAGACUUGGAGACACCACGGCCACAGAGACAGCCACCAGAUUGGUGCACCGAAACAUUAACAACCCCAACGCUGUAGAGACCGACAGCUCUCUCUCCAGUGGAGAGGUCACUAACCAUGUGGAGAAGCACGCUGAGGAUCUGACACAGUGGAAGAGGCAUGUGGAGCGAGUAAAGAGUAAGGUGCUGGAUCAGAUUCAGGGGCAUCUUAGUGACCUGCUAGACAAGGCCCUGACUGAAUCUGUCCAGACAUUUACGCAGAAUGAGAACCAUGGCAACAACCACGUCAACCAUGUCAACAACAACCAUGUCACCAGAGACGGGACAGUCACCACCACUAACAACAACGAAAACUCACACAGAACCCACACGGAAAAGGAUGGAAAAGUAUUUAUGGACAGACGCUCCAUUCUAGAUGAUCUGUUUGAGAUCAACCACAUUCGGACCAUCUACCACAUGUUCAUCUCAGUGCUCUUCCUCUUCAUCAUCAGUACACUGGCUGUGGACUACAUCGACCAGGGCAGACUGGUGCUGGAGUUUGACCUGUUGUCCUAUGCCUUUGGGAAGCUACAUAUAGUAGGUUUGGCCUGGCUGUUGAUGUUCAGCUACACGUUGGCCGUGCCCUACUAUGCCCUGUCUCUCGGGGGGACUCUCUACCAUCGCAGCCCGGUACAGGGGGUACUGUCGGUGGGCGCUGGGCUGGUGCUCUCCGCCUUGCAGGUCGCUGUACUGGGGGUUCUCCCUAUAUACGUGGUCUUUCACUACCAGCUGCCUCCAGCCUCACGAUUCAUCAUCAUAUUGGAACAGAUCCGUUUCCUGAUGAAAAGCUACUCUUUCAUCCGAGAGAAUGUCCCAGUCAUCCUAAACCACAAGACAAAGGAAGGAGAGGGUCCCAGGUUCCCAACGUUCUCGAGCUACCUCUAUUUCCUCUUUGCUCCCACCCUCAUCUACAGAGAGUCUUACCCCAGAAACCCACACAUUAGAUGGAACUAUGUUGGCGUAACGUUUGCUAAGAUUCUGGGCUGUCUUUUCUACGGUUACUUUAUCCUGGUGAGACUGUGCAUACCGGUCUUCAUGAAUGACAGCAACAAGCCUUUCAGCACCAGAACCCUGGUCCUGGCCUUGUUCCAUGCUACACUUCCAGGUAUGUUGCUGCUACUGCUGAUGUUCUUCGCCUUCCUCCACUGCUGGCUAAACGCCUUCGCUGAGAUGCUACGCUUUGCAGACAGGAUGUUCUAUAAGGACUGGUGGAACUCAACAUCGUUUGCCAAUUACUACAGGACCUGGAACGUGGUGGUUCAUGACUGGCUUUACUACUAUGGAUACAGAGAUUUUCUCUGGCUGUCCAGGAGGAAGUUCCGUACGGCAGCCAUGUUGUCAGUGUUCGUCGUGUCGGCCUUGGUCCAUGAAUAUGUCUUCACCCUGGGUUUCGGAUUCUUCUACCCAGUAAUGUUCUGUCUCUUCGCUUUCUUUGGAGUGGCGUUCAACUUCACUCUGAACGACAAGAGGAAGAGUCCUGUGUGGAACAUCAUGAUGUGGACCUGUCUGUUCAUUGGACAAGGGGUCAUGGUGUGUCUGUACUGCCAGGAGUGGUAUGCCCAGAUACACUGUCCUCGCACUGGGGCUAGCUUCUGGGAGUUGGUGACACCCCGAUCCUGGUCCUGCAGCAACUAGGUCUGAAACUACAGCAUUGAGUUGCCUGCCUCAUCCAGGGGUUGAGACAUGGGCUGAGUCUCAAUAGCAACCCCAGCUGUUCAACCCUCCACAUUGAACUUGGUGUCAGGGGACAAACUCUGUUUGUAAACCUUGCCUUUGAUCCUUGGCUAAAACAGGCAUCCCUUUGAGAGUGUUAUUCAUUGAUAGAAUCCUGUCAGGAAACAAGAUCUAACGUGGAAUAUAAACAGAGGUAGUUGUUGAAAACGUGCUUACUGUUUGGAUGGAACGUGUAUCUAUGGAUGUGUUUAGCUGUACUGGCGGGGACAAAAGGUCCUCACAAGAAUAGAAAACAAACAAAUGUUUUGAUCAACUGGGGACAUUUUGUUCGUCCCAACAAGGUCAAAUGCUAUUUCUAGGGGUUUUAGGGUUAAGGUUAGAAUUAGUGUUAGGGUUAGGUUUAGGGUAAGGUUUAGGGUUAGGAGCUAGGGUUAGG